AUGCGGUCUUGCCUGUUGCGGGGGAGGCUCCUCCUGGCCGGCUGGUGCUGGUGCCUGUUGGCGGCCCCAACCGCCGACGCUGCCUACCACGGCAAACGCUACAACGGCGUCGAGGACGGCUCCAAGCUCAUUCGCAUCGUUGGCGACAUCAUCUUUGGCGGCAUAUUUCCCAUGCACGAGCAGGUGUCCGGGAUAAGCGGGCAGUCGCCCUGCGGCGCCGUCAAGGAGGAAAAGGGGGUGCAGCGGCUCGAGGCCAUGCUGUACGCCCUGGAUCAGAUAAACGCCGACCGGCAGUUGCUUCCCAACAUGAGCCUCGGGGCCCUGAUCCUCGACUCGUGCAGCAGCGACACCUACGCCCUCGACCAGAGCAUGGAAUUCGUCAGAUCCUACAUGAAUCAGGACAUAACGGAGUACAGGUGCGAGAACGGCAACUCCCCGAUCUACGAGCCGCACAAGCCCGUGACGGGCGUCAUCGGGGCGUCCUUCAGCGGAGUCUCCAUCAUGGUCGCCAACAUUCUCCGGCUCUUCAAGAUACCGCAAAUAAGUUACGCCUCGACGAGCACCGAACUCUCGGACAAGAGCCGCUUUGAAUACUUCAGCCGGGUCGUGCCGCCGGACAAUUUUCAAGCCCAAGCCAUGGUCGAGGUCGUGCACAGGCUUGGCUGGAAGUACGUCUCAACUGUCGCCGUCGAGGGCGACUACGGCGAAAAGGGUAUAGCGAGCUUCGUGUCGCUGGCCGCGGAUUACAACAUCUGCGUGGCCGUGAGCGAGAAGAUAAUGCGCAACGCCAAGCCCGAGGACUUUGAGAGGAUAGUCGAGCACUUGGACUCGAAACGCAACGCCCGAGUGGUCGUGCUCUUCGUUGACGAGGACAACAUCAGAAAGUUGCUCAACGCGACGAUCAAGGCCAACAAGACGGGCCAUUUCAUGUGGAUCGGCAGUGACUCGUGGGGCGCCAAGGUACACCCGGUCAGGGAGCAAGAGUACGCCGCUGAGGGAGCCAUAACCAUACUGCCCUUCCGCAACCCACUCGAAGGCUUCGACAACUACUACAAGAACCUGCUGCCACGGGUGGGCAAGGAGUGCGAGGGGGUGCACGAGCGCAACGUGCCCCACGCCACGCUGCCCGGGAAGUACGUCAACUGCCGGAACCUCUGGUUUCGGGAGUUUUGGUCGCAACACCACAAGUGCACCUUCUCCGAGGCAGACCCGACGCGCAGGCGCUGCAACGGCACCGAGGAGCUCAUCGAGUACAAGCAAGAGGGCCUCGUGCCCUUUGUCGCCGACGCUGUGUACGCCAUGGCUCACGGGGUCAACAACAUCAUCGAGGACGUCUGCGGCCAUCACAAUCACUACCUCUGCGACUCCCUGAGACCCGCGCCCGGGGGACAGCAGCUGUUGCAGUACAUAAGGAACGUCACUUUUGUCGGCCGCCAGGGAACGGAAAUUAAAUUCAACGCCGACGGCGACGCCUACGGCUAUUACAACAUCUACCAGUACCAGCGCGACGAGUUUGGCCGCUACAAUUACACCCUCAUCGGCUCGUGGAAGGAGAGGCUGGAUCUCGAAAUAAACGUGACGCAGUGGACGACCGGCGUCGGCGAGCUGCACGUGCCGCGCAGCAUAUGCAGCGACGACUGCCCCAUUGGACAGAUACGCAAUUUUCAGGAGCCCUGCUGCUGGAGCUGCGUCGCUUGCCGGGAGGACGCCUACGUGUUCAACGACUCGUGCCACCAGUGCGCGCCAGGCUAUGCUCCCGACGAAACCAAGAGCCGGUGCAUUAAGCUCAAGGCAGAGGUCAUCUCGUGGACGAGCCCCUGGGCGCUAGCACCCCUGGGCUUCGCCUCCUUCGGCAUACUCUGCACCAUCUUCACCACCAUCGUCUUCAUUUGGUUCAACCGGACGCCCGUGAUCAUGGCCUCGGGCCGCGAGCUCUGCUACGUCCUGUUGGCCGGCAUCCUGUCGUGCUACCUCAUGAGCUUCGUGAUCCUGGGGAUGCCGUCAAAGUGGAACUGCACGGCUCUGAGGAUCGGCCUUGGGCUCUGUCUCAGUCUCUGCUACAGCGCCAUACUUACCAAGACCAAUCGAAUCUCGAGGAUCUUCAAUCAGGGAAGGAAGAGCAUCAAACGGCCCUCCUACACCUCGCCCAAGAGCCAAGUUGCCAUAUCCGUCGGGAUAACAUCGGUCCAGCUGGUGGGAGCAAUAAUCUGGCUGAUAAUCGAGCCGCCGAACACGAGCGAGAUCUACCCGUAUCCACUGACGGCGGUGCUCACCUGCCGCGUCUCGACCUUCGCCCUCAUGAUGUCCCUCGUGUACAACAUGCUGCUCAUCCUCAUGUGCACCCUGUACGCGUUCAAGACGCGCAAGAUACCGGAAAACUUCAACGAGGCCAAGUACAUCGGCUUCACCAUGUACUCGACCUGCAUUGUGUGGCUCGCCUUUAUACCCAUAUACUUUGGCACCAACAACGAUUACAAGGUCCAGAUAGCGAGCAUGUGCAUGUGCAUCAAUAUAUCGGCGACCGUGGCCCUGGGAUGUCUCUUCACGCCGAAGGUCUACAUCGUUCUCUUCCAGCCGUACAAAAACGUUCGACCCAACCAGCAGAGCCAGUCGGCGGGGGCUGGUCGUCAAAACUUUAGCAUCCGCUUCUCGACCGCCCGCAGCCAGACGAUGCAGAGCGUGACCUCGGGCUCACGUAGCUCGCCACCCCCGAGCGCCGGACCGACGACUACGACCGCGGCCACGUCGUCGGGCGCUAGCCAGAGCCUACCCGCACGGCCGAAGCACAUCUCCACCAACGGCGAGCCCCAGCAGCAACAGCAGCGCAUCCAGGGCCUCGAUCAAACGAGCGGCCCGACCAGCCUCUCCGUGGACGAGACGAGCGCCCUGAGCUAG